UGUGUGUGUGUGUGUGUGUGUGUGUGUGUGUGUGUGGUCAUCUAUAUGAGUAUAAGACGAGCUCGUAAGUCUAUCUCUUAAUAGGCAUCUUUGGCUGGAAAUUUGUCAUCGUAUAUAGCAGCUUACAUGAUCGACUCGAUUAUUCUUUUAGCAUCCAAGCUAUCGUUGCUAUCGGUUUUAAUUCUUGUUCAGUUUCGUAGUAGAUGAUUUACAACAAUUUAAUUAUAUUCUCUAGUUUUACAACCCUUUUGAUGUUUUUUAGUAUGGAUUUUUUUUCAAUUUACGAACACGUAUAGUACGCGGUUUUAUAAAUUCAUGACCUUAUUUCUAUAAAUGUACGAAAGGUGAACACCUUGUAGGAGUUUGAAUCACCUCAUCCCGUUUUUGAAAUUAAGUGGGAACCGGAAUAUACCGUUUAAAUCGUUAUGAACUUUUAACUUGUAUUUGUCUAUCUACUUAAAUAAAAUCGAUAGAUGUCUGAUUUCUUACAACCUGUGAGAUCUUCUUCUCUAUGUCAGUGCAUUGUGUUCAUGUAUGGGCUCGACAUAGUUACACCAAUGUCCUAAGUUUGAACGGCUUUUCAUUUAUGGUGGUAGUUUAUUUCCGAACCGUUAUUGCACUGAUAAAAGAAAAGGAAAUAAAGAUACGUAUACACGUGUAAGAAUUUUAUACCACCUAUCUAGAAAUAGAAUUCUAAAUGCAUCUAGUUGCCGCCAAUAUUUCCCGUUGUUGUGUAAGUUUAUUCCAAUAUAAUUUGUAAUUGUUCGUUCUUUUCUUGAUGAAAAUUCGCGUGUGUUGAAAAUUAGGCGAAGAAGAUUCUAUUUGGUCUAGAUUUUUCCCGUGUUGUGAAAUUUUGCGAGUCGGAUUCUGUUUCUGAUCUUCCCGAUUGUCUACAUUUUUUGUUUUCGAGUUUUGGUUGGAGUUCAUUUUUUGUGCAUAAUUUGUGCUACGUCAGAGCAUAAUUAGUCGUGAAUUUGAGCAGUGACUAAUUAAUUGCAGCUCUUCAAAGCAAUGGAACAAGAACAAGGUAUAGCAUCCGCAAAAAAGGUGUGGGAAUCCGUGAAGUACUAUACGGUUAAAUGCGCCGAAUGCUCGAAAUGGAGGCUCAUUCCAUCAAAGGAAAAAUACGAAGAAAUACGAGAAAAGAUCGAAGAACAGCCGUUUGUAUGCGAAACAGCUCGCGAGUGGCGGCCCGAAAUAUCGUGCAAAGACGAAUCCGAUGUCAAGCAAGACGGUACCAUGCGUUGGGCGAUGGACAGACCUCGGAUUCCCCAAACUCCUUCCGGAUGGCAACGGAUUUUAAGGAUCAGAGCCGAAGGAGGAACCAAGUUCGCUGACGUUUACUAUGUUGCACCGUCUAACAAGAGAUUGCGUUCUAUGGUUGAACUUCACAGGUAUAUAGACGAGCACCCGGAAUAUGCACAAGAAGGUGUAAGCAUCUCGCAGUUUUCGUUUCAACCGCCCGUACCGUUGGACGAGAAAUACAGUGCAAAGCGUCGAUCAGGCGCUUAUGGUGCAAUAGAGACGCAAAAUAACGACUCUGCUGCACCACAGACUCAAAAUUGAGACAGGGUUCGACCUUUAUUCCGAAUGAUAAUCGACAGACAAACAUCAAGUGCACAAAUCAUAUGUAAUAGGAUUCCAUUUACCUCCCCUUUUCGUUUGGCGGAUCGUCGGUGGUGAUUGCUGGUGGCAGCUGGUGGUGAUGGCCAGUCGAAUUUUAAUAUAAUUCAUUGAAUUAGGAAUAAAAAUUGGAAAAUGUAUAAUUGAUUUUAGAGUAAUUAUGUUGAAAUUUUAGUUUUGAAUUUCGUAAUUACAUGCCCCUCAACGGUCAUAUGUUGAGCUUGCGAGACAUUGUUAGCUAUAGUGCGAUUUACAUCCCGUCCCAAAAUAUUUGCUUUUUGGAGAUUUUUUUGGUCCCAAAUUAUUUGUCAUUUUAGAAUUUCAAGAAAACAUGAAUUGCAUUUUUUUUCAA